AUGCUGGGAGCAGGGGUCGCACCACCCCUGGACACCAUGGGUACGCAGCGCUCCCGCAAGAGCACAUGGACCCUGGAGGAUCCCACAGCCUUCGACGCCAUGCAGUACAUGCUGUACAAGGAGAGGGCCAUCGCUACAGCAGUCUGCAGUGUGUCCAAUCCAUUUGUGGUGCCGCUGGGCGAUGCGGCCGUGAACGUCGGCUUCGGGCUGGACCCACCCUGCAACCGCCUGGUGCGUCUUGCCGCGCUGGCCAGCCCCCCGCCAGAGGGUAAAGACGUUGGGUGGCGUGAGGCCCGCAAGAGGCUGGAGGACGACACCCUCAAGAGGCAUCGGCUCAAUCGGUUGGUGCUGGAAGGUGACGUGACAGCCAGCAGGAAGCUGCUCAAGGCUCGCCUCCUGCAGGUUGGGCUGGAGACGAGGCUGAGCAGGCUCCCCGGCAAGCCUGACUCACAGUUCGAGGCAUUGAGCACGGCGCUGUGGGGGAGCAAGGCGUUUGCGGGGACGCUGCGUGCGCUGUGCUUGGAGACCAUGGCGGAGCAGCCGGACGAGUUCCAGGCUUUCCUGGGACGGGACUUUGAGCCCUACCUAGCCCGCAUGGCGCUGCCUACGACGGCCGGCGACGAGCUCACACUGCGCGCUCUUUGCAGUCGUUUCGGCAUCCACAUCAGCGUCGUGACGGGGGAGUGUUACCAAUGGGUCCUGCACUACUCCCCACCCCGCACCCUGUCGAAGAGGGAGGUCUAUCUGGCAUGGUCCAACGGCACAUGGGCGCCAGUGAGUGACACCCUGCCCCCUCCAGAGGAUGCUAGGAUAGACAAGUACGUCGGCAUCGACCCGGGGCGCACCAAGAUGUUCGCUGCGGUGUAUGAACACGCUAAUGUGACAUCCUGCUCCUCUAAGGAGUUUCACUCCAUGUCGGGAUUCAAGCGGCGGCAAAAGACCAUCGCGAAGAGUCACGCCGAGGCCCCAGACUUUGUCAAGGAGUUGCACAAGUGCCCGACCCAUAAGACAGCCAGCACAGAGGUGCUUCUGUCGCAGGUCGCAUGGAUCCUCCCUAACCUGCGACGGGGCCUGGCCUGGCACAUGCACGGGAAGCCGUCCUGGAAGCUGCAGCACCAGGCCUACGUGGUCAUGCGUGAUCGACAAACUUCCCGCCCUCGUGGGUUUGGUUUCGUGACCUUUGAGAAGUCGGAGGUCGCAGAUGCUGUCGUCCAGGAGACCCACGUCGUGGAUGGGCGACAGAUCGAUGCCAAGAAGUCGGUACCCUUGGAGCAGAAGCCCAAGGCACGCAAGAUCUUUGUCGAGGCCUUCAAGAUCUACUUUGAGCAGUUUGGGGAGGUCGUGGAAGCCCAGAUCAUGCAAGAUCACAUGAGUGGACGGUCACGCGGCUUCGGCUUCGUGACCUUUGCGGAGGAUGUCUCCGCCGAGCGAGUUUUUGCGGCCGGCGCCAUGCACGAGCUGCGAGGAAAGCGCGUGGAGUACGUGCGGGUCUGCGAUGGCGUGGAGACGUGGACGGAGUUGUGGGACACGAAGCGGUGCGUCAACAAGGCCUGCAAGGUCAACAUUGUCAAUCGCGACGUGAAUGGAGCUGCCAACCUGCUCAUGCUGGUCAAGUGCUUUUCCCAGUCGCAUGCAGCGGCACAUGCAGUCCCCGACCCGCUCCAAGGCCGGCUGCAGGCGGCCGAGGAGGCUGCCCGCCGCCUGCAGGCGGACCUCGAGAGGGCCCAGUGGGAGCGCGACGACCUGGGUCGCAAGCUGGCUGCGCAGCAGUCUGCGCUGGCGGCGGCGGCUGCACAGGCCCCCGCCAUUCCCGCGGGCCACGUGGCGACAGCCGCAGCCUCCAUGGAGCUCCAGCGCCAGAUAGAUGCCCUGCGGCAGCAGCUGGCCUUCAAGUCGCAGGAGGUGGGGCUGCUGCGACUUGAGCGAGGGGGGUUUUAA